AUGGAGAGAAAAGCUACCAUAGCAACCACAACUGAGCCCACCACAACAACCACAACUGAAGCCACCACAACACCCACAACUGAAUGCACAACAACAGCCACAACUGAAUCCACCACAUCAUCCACAACUGAAUCCACCACAACAACCACAACUGAACCCUCCGCAACAAUCACCACUCAACCAACCACAAAAACCACAACUGAACUCACCACAACAACCACAACUGAACGCACCACAACACCCACAAUUGAAUCCACCACAACAACCACAACUCAACCCACCACAACACCCACAACUGAAUCCACCACAGCAUCCACAACUGAACCGACCACAACUGAACGCACCACAACACCCACAAUUGAAUCCACCACAAAAACCACAACUGAACCCACCACAACACCCACAAUUGAAUCCACCACAACAACAACAACUCAACCCUCCACAACAACCACAACUGAAUCCACCACAACAGCCAACACAACUGAAUCCACCACAACUGAAUCCACAGCAACCACAACUGAAUCCACCAAAACCACAACUGAACCCACCAGAACAACCACAACUCAACCUACCACAACAACCACAACUGAACCCUCCACAAUGACCCCAAUUCAACCCACCACAACUGAAUCCACCACAACAACCACAACUGAACCCACCACAACAACCACAACACCCACAACUGAACCCACCACAACAACCACAACAACCACAACUGAAUCCAACACAACAGCCACAAUUGAAGCCACCACAACAACCACAACUGAAUUCACCAAAACCACAACUGAACCCACCACAACUACAACAACUCAACCCACCAAAACACCCACAACUGAACCCACCACAACAACCACAACUGAACCCACCACAACAACCACAACUAAACCCUCCACAACAACCACAACUGAACCCACCACAACAACCAAAACUCAACCCUCCACAACAACCACAACUGAAUCCACCACAACACCCAAAACACCCACAACUGAAUCCACCACAGCAUCCACAACUCAACCCAACACAACAACCACAACUGAAUCCACCACAUCAACCACAACUGAACCCACCAUAACAACCACAACUGAACCAACGACAACAACCACAUUUGAACCCACCACAACAACCACAACUCAACCCACCAUAACAACCAUAACUGAAGCCGCCACAAAAUCCACAACAGCUACUUCAUCAUCAAUCACAGGUGAAUAUUCCUGCUCAACAUAUGAGAACUCGAUGCUCUAUGUGGUCUGGCAGAGAAUUACAGUCCGGCCAUAUCCUGAAAUCCAAGUGAGCAAUGAGAAGGUGAUUUCCUGUGAUGUUACGACCGUCUCUCUGCAAUGCUGCGUUCAGGACGGUUAUACAGUGGAAUGGAGCAACUCGGGUUGUACCAACAAUUCAGCAGGCUGCAUUUCAUGUGAAUAUAAGAUGAACGAAACAAGGUGCCAAGGUGCCACACCAGAUCCAGCUGAAGUCUCGUGCCAACUCAAUCCAGCUGCCAGUGGAGGUUUUAACAGAUCAAACAAGAUCAAAAUUACAACACAAAAUACGGGUGUUGACUGUUCUGAUGGUACAUUUGGAGUUGGAUCACUGGGAACCAACCGCAUUGCUGACUGUGGUGUCGGCCUGGUCGGCAAUCAAACAGCUCAGUGUAAUUCAACAAAACAGUGGGAGGUGAUAAAAGACAAUUGUGUCCUGCAGAACAUUCAAAAUCUGAAAACUGAAUCUCAGAAUUUAGUGCCUCUUGACAUCCCUACAUUUGUGGCGAACCUUACUGAAGUUACUCAGAAAAAUUCUUCUGUGAUCCAAAACUCAGAAGCGACCAUAUUAACCAUCGUCGACAUUCUUAAGAAAAUUGCCAACGUCUCUAAAAACAUCUUAGUUAAUGAAGCCACCAUGCUGGAUUUUCUAAAAACAGUGGAUGUUCUUGGAUCAGCAGAGAAGCAAUGGGAGGAAAUAAACAAGAACAGCACAACCAAACACACCAGUUCUGAUCUUCUGAAGGCUAUUGAGGAUUUUGGAAGCAGACUCUCAGAUGUGACCUUUACCACUUCAACAAACUUUACCUUUAUAGAAAGAAAAACCACCAAUAAAUCCUUUUCUGAGGACAUCGGUAAAAAUUUAACUACCCACAUAAAUAUACCAGACAUCAAGGAAAAUACUUCCAUCACCAUUAUAGUCUUAUCAGCUUUUGACAAUAUUUUACCUGUUAGAAACCAGACCUGCACAGACUGUAGUCUCAAUGGCACCAGGAUUAAUGGAGAUGUUGUUGUGGUCCAAACUCAGCCAAAAAUUAAUAACAUCUCUCUUAAAUACACUGUCAAAAAUACGAGAAUGGGAAACCCUCAGUGUGUCUUCUGGAACUUCAAUCUGUUGAAUAACACUGGAGGAUGGGACUCGACUGGAUGUAAACUAAUACAGGAUCAGAACGGAUCAGUUACAUGUGAGUGCGAUCACACGACCUCUUUUUCAAUCCUGAUGUCGCCGUUAACUUUAAGUCCGGCUGAUAUCGUCAUUUUGGACUAUAUCACUUACAUCGGCGUCGGUAUUUCAAUGGCCUGCUUGGUUUUGUGCCUCAUCAUUGAAAUCCUCAUCUGGAAAUCAGUAAAAAGAAACGAAACAUCCUACAUGCGCCACGUCUCCAUCGUUAACAUCGCCGUCUCCCUGCUAAUCGCCGAUAUAUGCUUCAUCAUCGGAGCAGCCAUUGUUAAAAACGGAGAGAAGACACCAGUACCCUCCUGCACCGCUGUAACCUUCUUCAUGCACUUCUUCUAUCUCGCUCUGUUCUUCUGGAUGUUGUUGUUAGCGCUCCUGCUCCUGUACCGCACCAUCAUGGUCUUCAACCGACUUUCCAAAUCUGCGAUGAUGGCUACAGCGUUCAGUGUUGGGUACGGAGCGCCGUUACUCAUCGCCGUCAUUACUGUGGCAUCUACAGCUGGAGGUGGAGGAUACGUCACAGCAGUGAAUGCUUGCUGGCUGAACUGGGAUAAAAGCAAAGCUCUCCUGGCGUUUGUGAUUCCUGCUCUGACUAUCGUAGCUAUAAACCUCCUGGUGAUGGUCGUGGUUCUGUAUAAGAUCCUGAGGAGAGGAUUAAACGCCAGCGUUCAGCGAGAUGAGAAACACGCCCUGCUGGUCAUUGCUAAAUGUGUAGGAAUCUUAACACCUGUCUUUGGUCUGACAUGGGGAUUCGGUAUCGGGACCAUGGUAACACAGAAGUUUGGACUCCAUGUGGUGUUCGCAUUGCUCAAUUCACUACAGGGUUUCUUCAUUCUAGUAUUUGGACUGUUGCUGGACAGUAAGGUUAGAGAAGCCUUGGCAGGAAAGUUGGUGCCGAGGAAUCUCAGCUCUAUGCCCACCAGGAGCACAGGUCAAGGACCAUCAUCCUCGAGCGGACUUUCUUUAUUUCAGAGGCUACGACAGAGAAACAUGUACAAUGUAUCAGGGGCACAAAAUCUAUCUUCAUCUUCUUCAGCCUUUUCUUCAAACAACUCAUAUUCAGCUUUAAGCUGA